UGCCAUCUAUAUCAUCACAACCACCUCCACUGACUCUCAAGUCACUGUUGCAUAGGGGUGUUACUUUCGCCAACUGGCACGUACACACGAGAGAAUCGCACGCAGACCUUGGCGCUCGCCCCCAGCCUAGCCCAGCUCCACUGCCACCCUCAACAACAGCAGCACCUCAAAACCUGGCAGCAGUAGCAGCACCAGCAUCGUUCAACAAUGGCAGCUCCAGCGUCAAAGCUCAUCCCCCGCCCCACGUCCCUUGUCGACUUUGACUCGGUCAAGUCGUGGGGACUCGGCAGCCUCUCCAAGGCCCGCGUCACCUUUGACACCAAGACGACGGUCGCGACGGUCCUCACCGUCAUCCUGUCCCUCUUGCUCCUCGAGCAGGCCGUGUACCGCGCCAAGAAGGCCCACCUCCCUGGAGACAAGUGGACCAUUCCGAUCAUCGGAAAGUUUGCCGACUCGCUCAACCCCACUCUCGCAAACUACAAGAAGCAGUGGUACUCGGGACCCCUUUCGUGUGUCUCCGUGUUCAACAUCUUCAUCGUCAUCGGCUCUUCCAACGAGCUAGCACGCAAGAUCCUCAACUCGCCCAACCAUGCCGAACCCUGCCUCGUCGCCUCGGCCAAGAAGGUCCUCCUCCCCGAGAACUGGGUCUUCCUUCACGGCAAGGUCCACGCCGACUACCGCAAGGCCCUCAACGUCCUCUUCACCCAGAAGGCCCUGUCCAUCUACCUCCCCAUCCAGGAGCGCAUCUACCGCCGCACGUUCGAGCAGUGGGUCAACGACUACAAGACCCCUACCGAGAUGAUGCUUCCCAUGCGCGACCUCAACAUGGAGACGUCGCUCUCCGUUUUCCUCGGCCCCUACCUCAACGACGCCCAGCGUGACGAGAUCAACAAGAAGUACUGGCUCAUCACUGUCGCCCUCGAGCUCGUCAACUUCCCCCUCGCCGUUCCCGGCACCAAGGUCUACAACGCUAUUCAGGCUCGCAAGGCUGUCAUGAAGCACCUCAUGGCCGCCUCGGCUGCCGCCAAGAUCCGCAUGGCCGACGGCACCAACGAGCCCGAGUGCCUCCUCGACGAGUGGGUCCGUGCUAUGAUCGACGCCAAGUCGAGCGAUGGCGAGCAGGCUCGCCUCCUCAGCCGCGAGUACUCGGACAAGGAGAUUGCCAUGGUUAUUCUUUCGUUCCUCUUUGCCUCGCAGGACGCCAUGUCGUCGGCCAUCGUCUGGGCCUUCCAGCUCACUGCCGACAACCCAGAGAUCCUUGCCAAGAUCCGUGAGGAGCAGUUCCGCGUCCGUGGUGGCGACGUCGACGCUCCCCUCACCCUCGACCUCGUUGAGGACAUGGUCUACACCCGUGCCGUUAUCAAGGAGGUCCUCCGCCUGAUGCCCCCCGUCAUCAUGGUUCCUUACCUCACCACCAAGGCGUUCCCCAUCACCCCCGAGUACACUGUCCCCAAGGGCUCGAUGGUCAUCCCCGCCUUCUGGAACUCGCUCCACGACGAGACCUGCUACCCCGAGCCCGACAGGUUCAAGCCCGAGAGGUGGCUCGCCAACGAGGACGGCUCGCUUCCCAUCGCCGAGUCCAAGCCCCAGAACUACCUCGUCUGGGGCAGCGGUCCCCACAAGUGCAUUGGCGGUCAGUACGCCACCAUGCACCUUACUGCCACCCUCGGCACUGCUUCGGUCCUCUACGACUGGAAGCACGAGCGCACCGACCUCUCGGACGAGGUCCAGGUCAUUGCUGCCAUCUUCCCCAAGGACAACUGCAAGCUCAAGUUCACUCCCCUUGCGCAGCAGUAAUGGUGUUGACGCUUGCGGCGGCAGAGUGGCCGCUGGGUGUCUUUAUGGACGUUAGAGGAGGUCGGCGCCGGGGAGAUUGAGCCAGGAGUUUAUGACAUCGACGUCAACGACGGUGGGGGUUAAUCUUGACACGCCAUAGUAUCUCUCUUCUUUUGGCACUCUCGCUCUACAUAGCUUGCUUCCAGGUCUAUGGGUAUCUCGUUUCAUUGUCAA